AUGACCAAUAUCAAUGUUAUUGAAGCUGUUCGUUCGUAUAUCAAUCGAAUGAUUGAAGAUUGUGGUCCAACUAUAAAAGGACUUGUUAUGGAUAAAGAAACGGCAUCUAUUGUUAGUAUGGUUUAUGCUCAAUCAGAAAUUCUUCAAAAGGAAGUUUUUCUUUUCGAACGUAUCGAUAUACCUGGUCAAAAAUCAUUAAAACAUCUUAGUGCUAUAUGUUUUCUACGACCAACAGAAGAAAAUAUUCAAUCAUUAGUACGUGAAUUACGUGAACCUAAAUAUGGAAAUUAUUUUAUUUAUUUUACAAAUUUCGUUGAAAUGAGUGAUAUCAAAUGUUUAGCUGAAGCAGAUGAAUUUGAAUGUGUGCGAGUUGUACAAGAAUUUUAUGCUGAUUAUUUAGCAAUUAAUCCACAUUUAUAUUCACUUAAUAUUCCAAAUACUUAUCAGAAAAAUUAUGAAUGGAAUGAUAAUGUUCUUCGUCGAACAGUUCAAGGUCUUGUUUCAUUAUUACUUUCAUUACGAAAGAAAAGUGCAACAAUUCGUUAUCAAAAAUCAUCCAAUAUGGCAAGAAUACUUGCAGAUAAACUCUCAAGUACACUUAAACGUCAAGCUGAUUUUACAGCAUCGAAUACGAAUGAUUACAAUCAAACAAUCGUUUUAAUUAUUGAUCGUCGUGAAGAUGCUAUAACUCCGUUACUUAAUCAAUGGACCUAUCAAGCAAUGGUUCAUGAAUUGAUUGGGAUUAAAAAUAAUCGUGUUAAUCUUAAUCAAGUACCGGGUAUUACAAAAGAACUUGAAGAAGUUGUUAUGAAUGCUGAAUAUGAUGAAUUUUAUGCGAAUAAUCUUUACAGUAAUUUUGGUGAAAUAGCAACAAAUAUUAAAGGAUUAAUGGAACAUUUUCAAGAUAAACAUAAAAGUCAAUCAAAAAUUGAAUCAAUUGGUGAUAUGAAGACAUUUAUUGAAAACUAUCCGCAAUUUAAAAAAUUAUCUGGUACUGUUUCAAAACAUGUAACAAUUGUUAGUGAAUUAUCACGUCUUGUUGGUCUUUAUCAUUUACUUGAAGUCAGUGAAACUGAACAACAUUUAGUAUGUCAAGGUGAUCAUAAUGAAGUUGUGCAGAAAAUUAAACGUUUAAUAAAAGAUGAUAAAAUUCGUGAUUUGGAUAUACUUCGGCUUUUAUCUCUCUAUGCAUUACGUUAUGAACAACAUGCAAGUAAUGAAUUAAAUACAUUAAAACAUGAUGCACAAAAACAUCGACGAUUAUCUGAAAAAUAUACUCAGUAUCUUCAAGCUAUAGUUGAAUAUGGUGGUUUAAAAUUUCGACAAGCUGAUCUGUUUAAUACGCAAACACCCAUGGCUAUAACAAGACAAUUUAUUCGAGGAUUACGAGGAGUUGAUAAUGUAUAUGCUCAACAUGUACCAUUAAUAAAAGAUUUAAUCGAACAAUUAUUACGUGGAAAACUUAAAGAUACAUCAUAUCCGAAUGUUAAUGCAAAAGAUCAAGUCAAUCAACAGAAUCUAUUACAACAAGGACAAAUUAACAAACCAAGUGAAAUCAUUGUUUAUGUCGUUGGCGGAGUAACAUAUGAAGAAUCCUAUCAUAUUCAAAUGAUGAAUAAACAAAGUGCACGAAUUUUAUUAGGCGGCUCAUAUAUACAUAAUUUUUCAACAUUUAUAGAUGAAGUACUUAAUGGAGUAUCUUCAUCUUUAUCCUCUGCAUCCAAUGAACUACUUUCAUCUAGACGUCGUUAA